AUGCUUCUUCUCGACUACCACAACGUUCUUAUCCAUGCCCUCCUGACGGAGCGGUUCUCUGGAUCCCCGCCAGUCUCAAUCGACCAGAUUGCCUCAGAUUUCGACGGAGUUACCUUCCAUCUGUCUACCCCCGAAUCUAAGACUAAGAUCCUUAUUUCCAUCAACGUGAAAUGCUUCCGAGAGCUCGUCCAAUAUGGUGCCCAACAGGUGCUGGAGAGGGAAUACGGCCCGUACAUCGUCGCCCCUGAACCCGGCUAUGACUUCUCGGUCCUCAUUGAUUUAGAGAACCUCCCCGCCGAACAGGAAGCCAAAGAUGACCUCAUAAUGCGACUUGCGCUGAUGAAGCGGAAUGCAAUGGCUGCCCCAUUUGAGAGAGCUUUCGACGAAUUCGCCAAGCUAUCCGAAGAGGCUUCUAAAUACAGCACGGAGGCUGCCCCACAAGGUGUCAAAGAAGGAGGAGAAGUCAUGGCAAUUCACUAUAGGGAGGAGGAAGCUAUCUACAUCAAAGCCAGCCAUGACCGAGUUACAGUUAUCUUCAGCACAGUCUUCCGUGAAGAGACAGAUCGUAUCUUCGGCAAGGUCUUCCUCCAGGAGUUUGUCGACGCCAGACGCCGUGCCUUGACUCUGCAAAAUGCCCCUCAAGUCCUCUUCCGGAACGACCCCCCGCUUGAAUUGGCCGGUGUCCCUGGCCUAAAGGAUAGCACAGAGGGCCAGACCAGCUACGUCACUUUCGUUCUCUUCCCCCGUCACUUGACCCCUCAGCGCCGCUACGAAAACAUCUCCCACAUUCAAAUCUUCCGGGAUUACUUCCAUUACCACAUUAAGGCCUCCAAGGCAUACAUCCACACCCGUAUGCGCAAGAGGACAGCCGACUUCCUCCAGGUGCUCAACAGAGCUCGGCCAGAGAACGAGGAGCGGGAAAGAAAGACGGCCAGUGGCCGGACAUUCCGGGUCCAGAGUUAG